UGGGGGUGGGGUGGGAGGUGUGUGUGGGAAAAGCCCAGCGAUGGAUCUUCCCUGCUUUUGACAACACUCUCCCCUUCAGGCCUGAUCCUGCACUGGAGGGAAAUAACUGCGAGGAGAACCACUAAUCACACCUCCGUGUGGGAACUACCUCCGGUAGCAGCGUGUGCCGCCAGCCCUGCCUCCAACCUGCAGCGGUUGCUCCGGGACGGGCUCACUCGCCCCUGCAGUUCACCUUUGCCUGCACUUCACAAGAGUGCAAUUUGGGUUUAAUGGAGCUCAGUUUAUUGUUCCUCUUUGGCCUUACAAUUACGUCGACUGCAGGGUCCGCGCUGCCCCGGCCCCACUCGCUGCCGUUACCGGUGGGCGCGGAGCCGCGCCCCGCGGCGCUGGGGCAGAAGGAGCGGGAGCAGAGCGAAUCGGCGGCGCCGCCGGCCGGCGGCAGGGCCCGGGUGGACGGCGGGGGGCUGCGGACCCGAGCCCGGCGCUGCACUUGCUACACCUACAAGGACAAGGAGUGCGUCUACUACUGCCACCUCGACAUCAUCUGGAUCAACACCCCCGAGAGGACUGUGCCGUAUGGGCUGUCUAACUACAAAGGCAAUUUUAGAGGCAAAAGAUCUACAGGGCAGAUUCAAAAUACUUUCCAGUCUUCAAAUAGGUGUUCUUGUAUGAAUGCUCAUGACGAACAGUGUAUGCAGUUUUGCAGAAGAAUGCAAUACAGAAGAAGAAAUCAUGGAUCAAUGAAAGAGACAGGGGAGAAAGACCAGGGCAGGGAAGAACACACUUUGAUCCAGUAGCGCAGAGAGUUCAGAGGAUUCUGAACAGUCAGAGCUUUAAUGUUUAUGUGCUGAAGCUCAGAAGCAAGAACUUAAACUACAGCCCUCCCUUGAGAUGGACAAACUUGAUGCUUCAGUCUGAUGCCAGUGGAGAAUUCAUCAGAGUGCAACACUUUCAUUUCAAC